UGCAGAAGCACGCCGCGCUGAUGCAACAGGCCGCAGCAGCGAAUUACGACAUUGGCUGAAUGAAGCCUGGGAGCCCCUUGAGAGGAAUGUGCGUGGGGCAGAUCCCUCGUUCCCGGUCUCGCCUGCGCGGAAUACACACCCAUGACCACCGAACCGGGAGGGGUUUACAACCCCAGCCAUUGAGACCUUUCCGAGCCCGGGACCCUAGCCUGGGAGGUUGAGGCGGCUCUGUUGCUAAACCUGCCGUCAUUUCCGUGAUGGGAUGGUUCGACAGCAGCCCUGCGACCCGCACUUUACACCACCUUCUGUCGCAGACCGAUUGCUGUAAGGCUCUCUGUCAGCUCCAAGUUUCCCUUGUCGCGGCCAGAUACUGGGUUAUUUUAGGCCGGUCGCGGCGGCAUGCGUGUAAGUAAGCGGCACCCAACCUUCUUCCGCGAUCAUGGACGGCUCCCGCGAUCUCAAUCGAGACAAUGCCGCCAGAUCCUUCUUGACUCGGACCUUGACACGGCGAGAUACUCGCGCGUCCGUCUCAGAUGACACGGUCGCCAGCGGCGUCUCGAAGGGCCCCCUCGGCCUUACCACGCUGUACGACCCUCCAGGAGACUCCGUUGUUGCAGACCUCAUCUUUGUCCACGGCCUGAACGGGGGCUCGCAGAGCACCUGGAGCAAAGGCAACGACCCCUCUUUAUUCUGGCCUCAGGAAUGGCUGCCAAGGGACGAGGCCUUCCGAGAUGUGCGCAUCCAUACCUUUGGCUACGCCUCCGGUGUCAACCGUGAGUCUAUCCUGGGCCUGCGAGACUUUGCAAAGUCUCUGCUCGGAGCCAUCAAGGACUGUCCGGCGAUGGAUCGCGAUGAAAAGCCCAGUUUGAUAUUCGUGGCGCACAGCAUGGGCGGGCUCGUCGUCAAGAAUGCCUUCGUCAUUGGACAGCAACACCCCGAGUUCCAUUCGACUGUGCAGCGAGUUCAGGCCAUCUUCUUCCUGGCUACACCGCACCAAGGCGCAGCCAUUGCGCAGACCUUAGAUCGGUUGCUCAACUUGGUCUCGGGAUCGCGGCCCUUCAUCGGGCAGAUCAUGCCUCAUUCCCAGGCUCUGCAGGCCAUCAACGAGGAUUUCCCAAGGGCUAGCGGGGGACUACACCUCGUGUCGUUCUACGAAUCGUUGCCGAUGAAGGUUCUCAAAUCCUUGGUUGUCGAGAAGCACUGCGCCGUCAUGAACGCGCACAAUGAGAGAACCGAGGCACUCAACGCGGAUCACCGCAACGUGGCCAUGUAUUCCUCCCCCGAAGACCGGAAUUAUCUCACAGUACGGAACGCUCUGGCAACGUACAUCAGCCCCCAGCGUAAGACUGUCGAGUCCCGGCUCCAGACUCUCGCACUUGAAGUUCAGACUGGGCUCAACACCUUCCUGGGAAUUACGGACGCGCCCGAGGACGAGAUAGGGAAUCUGGAUCUUGUCCGGCUAUCUGGCUCUUGCACGUGGCUGGCCACCAAACAGAAGUACCGCGCGUGGCGGGACGGGCGAGACACAAGACUUCUUUGGUUUCAGGGGCGGCCCGGUGCUGGCAAGACAGUCCUGUCCAGCUAUAUCGUUGAUGACUUGCGCAAGAGCGGCAUCGAUUGCUGCUUCUUUUUCUUCUCGUCACAGGACAGCGCCAAGUCAACGACGAAUGCCUUCCUAAGGUCCAUGGCAUGGCAGAUGGCCAUGCUCCAUCCCGAGAUCCGGUUGAAGCUCCAAGAAGCCUCCAGGGACUGGCAAGGCUCGCCAGUCGACAAGAUCGACCAGAACGCGGUGUGGCGACGCGUCUUCCUGCUGACCCUCCUUAAAGUGAGACUUAGUCGACCUCAGUACUGGGUCAUCGAUGCGAUGGACGAGUGCAAGAUGAACUCGGAUAUGCUGAGUAUCCUCACACGCAUUCAGGAGGAAUGGCCAAUGUCCAUCGUGGUGACUUCUCGAAUCUCCAGCGAAGCUUAUCUCAGCACAAUCGCCAAUCCGAGGGCCGACGUCGUCGGCGACACCAUCUCGGAUGAAGACUCGGUUCGAGACAUUUCCCUCUUCGUCCAGUCCAACCUCAAGUAUCUUCCAUUUCCACCAUCUGCUGCGUGGUCAAGCCGCCUCGAGAUGGCUGAUUACAUCGUCAAGAAGUCGGCUGGGUGCUUCCUCUGGGCGUAUCUGAUCUGCAUGGAGCUCCGCAAGACUAGCCAGCUCGAAGAGAUCAAGAGAGUGCUCGAAAGCACUCCCUCUACAAUGGAUGAUCUCUACAAAAGGAUACUGCUGAGCAUGGAACAAGCCACCUUCGGCAAGGAUUCAGCCAAGUCGAUCUUGGUCUGGGCGACGUAUUCCUUCCGGCCGCUCUCGACGGACGAGAUGCACGAGGCUGUCGAGGUCGACAUCAAUGACAAGAUCGACAGGGUUGAUCGCCUGAUAUCUAGGUCGUGCAGCAACCUCGUCUACGUCGACAGGUACGACAAGGUGCAGUUGAUACACAUGACCGCAAGGGAGUUUCUCGGUCGCAAGGAUGCCAACAAGGGAUCCGAGUUCACAUCCGAGUUCAUGGUUGACAAGGCCGAUGGGCACCGGAGGAUAGCAAAGGUAUGUCUAGAGUACCUGAUUCAGAGCAGUAAGGUCGCGCCCCGAGCCAGACGCCUGUUGUCCGAUCCAGACCUCGCAUCCCAGGGCUCCCCUGCAACCGCCCGGGCCUUUACCGACUAUGCGUCCAAGUUUCUCUUCCAGCACCUCAACCUCAUCAAGUCCACCGACACCGAGAUGUUUAUAACGCUUUCCAAGUUCCUCAGCAGCAACAGUGUGCUUCUCUGGAUAGAAUACAUCUCGGCUCGUGGGGAGCUGCACACCGUCUACCAGGCUGGAAAGAUCAUUAAUGCCCUUCUCACGCGGCGGGCACGCCACUCGCCCCCCAUGAGGUUCGCACAGAAACAAUUGGCGCUGCUGGAGAAUUGGGGGAACGACCUGAUACAUAUUGUCACAAAGUUCUCUCGGUCGCUGCGGGCCUCCCCCUCCUGCAUCCACCACUUAAUCCCUCCGUUUUGCCCCCCCGACUCGGCGAUUCGCCAACAAUUCUCGUCGCCCUACCGUGGGCUCUCUGUCCAAGGAUUAUCAUCACGGCGCUGGGACCACUGCCUCACCACCAUCGCCUACCCAAAGGGCACAAAACCAAACGCUGUGGCAGCCGGCCCGGGCUUCUUCGCGAUAGGCAUGAUGAGCAAGUCUGUUUUUGUGUAUGACGAUUCCAUCUUCCAGGAGGUCCACAUCCUCGACCACAAGGAGCCCGUCUGGCAGAUGGCCUUCGGCGAGACGGGCAAGCACCUCGCCACCGCCGGCGCAAAGACCGUCAGGAUAUGGUCCCUACAGCUGGGAAUCGAGCUCGCCAGCUUCCGCAUCCCCUCGCUCUGCCUCGCUCUGACCUUCACAGAGACAGACGAGGCGCUGCGCGUUGCCACAAAGUCGAAUAUGUUUCUGGAAUGGGACGUGGAGACAGCCAGCAUGCGGGCCGAAGAGGACUGGACCACUGAUUUCGAGGACGAUUCGCCUCUGCAGCUCCGUGCCCCCCAGAUGGCAGCCAUCAGCGGCCCAAGCGACCUGCUCGCGGUUAUUUAUAGGGGGGAGGACAUUGUCAUCUGGGACUGUGCCAACAUCAGGAUCCACGACAUUUACGAGAAGGAAACCGGGUCGAGAAGGUGGGGCUCGGAGAAGGUGGCCGGUGGCUCCACGCACAUCCGGGCCUUGGUCUUCAGCGGCGCCAUCGACACCAACCGGCUGGCCACGACCCACACAGACGGCGAUCUGACUCUCUACGACACCGUGGAUGGGAAGCUUUUGGCGAAGGCGAGUUCGGUGAACGCGAAUGUCCUGGCCUCGUCCCACGACGGCCGCACGCUCGGGGGGGUCGACUCGCGAGGCAACCUGAUGCUCUUCGACUUCGAGACGCUGCGGUGCCUGUACCGCGUACAGUUUGACACGCCAAGCAUGGCCAAGGCGCUGACCUUUACGGCGGACAAUCUCCGGUGCAUCGAGAUCCGCGGGGACCAGUGCCGAGUGUGGGAGCCGACGGUGCUGCUGCGCCAGGACACGGCCGACGAGGACGAGAACAGCGACACGGUGUCGGUCUCCACCGGCCCGCAGGAGAUCGACUACCGCGUCGCGGGCAGCAACAGCGACGGCGCCGCCGCCAAAAUCACGGCCGUCGCGUGCGCAAAAUCCGCGCCGCUCGUCUUCUAUGGCAUGGAGGAUGGCUCCGUGCACGUGUGCGACAUCACCGCCGAGCCGCGCAGCCAACGCCUGUACGAACAGAUUGCGGGCUGUCCACUCGACCUUCUGUACUUUGACGAGGAGGCCUCGGUUCUCGGCUGCGCGGACCUGUCCGGCUGCGUCACGGCCAGGAAGGUGACACGCCGAAACAACCCCCGACAGAGGCCGCUGGGGGCGACGUGGGAGAUUGGCGACAUCCUGCUGCACACGCGUAUCCCGGGGACGGUGAAGCAGAUCCUGCUCUCGGGCAAGGACAAGAAGCUACUGCUGUCAUCGGAGCAGCACGAUACCCUGUGGCCGAUGCCGAAGCAGGGCGAGGGCGUCUGGAUCGCUCGGGUCGAGGGGAACAGCACGCCGAGAUGGCUGGCUCAUCCGACCCAACCCUACCUAAUACUGGCGAGAGAGGGCGAGUUCCGUAUCUACAACUGGUCCAAUCUCGAGUGUGUCCGCACCGUAUCGCUCGCUCACCAUGGCCAGUCCCUGUUCAGCCUGGAUCGGAUCGUCUCCCUGCAGCACCCGCAGUACUUCACCACCAUUUCCCUGGCCAGAUCGCUCGAGUCCUGGACAACGGAGAGCCUGGUCCAGUUGUGGGACGUCAAGGACCUGGACCUGGACCUGGACCUGGACCCCACCUCGUCGCUCUCGGAGACCACCUCCUCCCCCAACACCAUAAGCCCCGUCCGAGACCUCGGCCCGGACGACCUCUCAGGCACCCUGGAGCUAGUCGUCGGCGCUUACGGGUCCCGCCUGAUCGUGUACACCAGCGACCGCUGGGUAUGCUCCGUCGACCUGAAGCCCGCAUCCGCAUCCGCGCCCGCGUUCCCAUUCCCGUCCCGGUCCGCGUCCCGGUCCAGAUCCCCCCGGUCCAGAUCGCCGUCUCCGUCUCCGGGCUCGGACCAGCACCAGCACCAGCUGGUCAGACACUUCUUCGUCCCGGGCGACUGGAUAGGAGGUAAUCGGCUGGGCAUGGGGGUCGGGCGAGGGGGGGAGAUCGCGUUCGUCAGGGGACCGGAGCUGGCUGUCAUCAAACGGGGGCUCGAGGUCACGGAGGGCGGGGAGAGCUUUAACCCGAGGAAGGGGAUCGGGGCCCCGGUUGCUGGGGGUGCGGGUGCGGGGCCGAGUCUGGGUCAGUCACCGGGAAUUCCGGUGCGGCCGAGGGUUGGGGGGUCGGUGUGAACUCCAGAGGCCGGAGAAGUGGGGAGGUGGUUUGGAAACUCUGCCACCCAGACAUGGUGUUGAUAUACUUGUUGGCCAAUAGAUGCAUUCAGAGGAGUUGUUGGGAUAGCGUCGUCUGGGGGGCAAGUACGCCUCGCGGGCAGAGGGUCGCCAGCCCUCUCCUAGUACAAUACUGGAGGUAGAAGAUGUUUCAAGUCUCUAAGGAGAGAAUAGUCUUACCAGUCAAGCGAUAAAUCAGCGGCCAGAUUUGAUGCCAAAUCCUGGUUCCAUUCUCAAUGCGUG